AUGGCGGCGACAUUAGGCAGAGACCAGUAUGUGUACAUGGCGAAGCUCGCCGAGCAAGCUGAGCGUUACGAAGAGAUGGUUCAAUUCAUGGAGAAGCUCGUCACUGGCGCUACUCCGGCGGAAGAACUCACGGUCGAAGAGAGGAAUCUCCUCUCAGUCGCGUAUAAAAACGUGAUCGGAUCUCUACGCGCCGCCUGGAGGAUUGUUUCGUCGAUUGAGCAGAAGGAAGAGAGUAGGAAGAACGACGAGCACGUAUCGCUCGUCAAGGAUUACAGAUCUAAGGUUGAGACGGAGCUUUCUUCAGUCUGCUCAGGGAUCCUUAAGCUCCUUGAUUCGCAUCUGAUCCCAUCUGCUGCUGCGAGUGAGUCUAAGGUAUUUUACUUGAAGAUGAAAGGUGAUUAUCAUCGUUAUAUGGCUGAGUUUAAAUCUGGAGAUGAGAGGAAAACUGCUGCUGAAGAUACCAUGCUUGCUUACAAGGCUGCUCAGGAUAUCGCAGCUGCUGAUAUGGCGCCUACUCAUCCGAUAAGGCUUGGUCUUGCCCUGAAUUUCUCAGUGUUUUACUAUGAGAUUCUCAAUUCUUCAGAAAAAGCUUGUAACAUGGCCAAACAGGCUUUUGAAGAAGCAAUUGCUGAGCUUGACACACUGGGAGAGGAAUCCUACAAAGACAGCACUCUCAUAAUGCAGUUGCUGAGGGACAAUCUCACCCUUUGGACCUCCGAUAUGCAGGAGCAGAUGGACGAGGCCUGA